UUCCACGGAGGAGAGAGCGACAGCACUGAAGGCUGGAUUGUAGUGUGGCCACGGAGUAACGCUUCUGAGACCGAAAAGGGCAAAAACAGACCUGUAUUCACCUUGCUGAGUUUAACGAAUGUGUUUGAUAUUCGUGUAAAUUACAUUCAAAAUCUGUAAGCUCAAAAUCGUCAUUCCUGCGUGGCAAAACGGACACCGUUUUCAACUGCAACGCAGACCGACUGUGAGCGAGAGAGAAGACAGACAGAGAGAGGGAGGGAGAGGGGUGCAGCUGGUGAAACCAUUUUUGUCCCGGCGGAUAUUUUGGAUCGAGGACCGUUGAAGAGGUUCAUUGGACGAAGAAGUAGCAUUUUCAUUCAUUUAUUAAAGCCAGCCUUACCAAAAGACUCAGGACCUGGCUUGUAAUCGUCUUCCACAUCCAAAAAAAUCCCAACUGGUUUCAAGGAAAAUUGCGGAUGCAUGUAUUUGGGUCUGGUUUUCGGUCUGCUGCUGAAGAACGGUGGCUAGCUCGCUAGCUAUCAAGCUAGCUGAGUGUGCUUCUUCUCUGGUUUCUUAAGAAAUGGAGGCUGAAGAUGCGGAUUGCUAUCAGCAGAGUGGAAUCUGUGACUCGUGUGUUUUGAUAGCCACCAAAACAUCAUUUUAUCGCUGGCAAAAAUAACAAAACGUUUUAAAGUUUUUAUUUUUUUAAAAUAUACUAAUAUUUUGCUCCUCAAGGAGGGGGAAAAGAUACUGGGUAGAACUCACCCAGAGCAUAAGGCUAAAGCAAGUCCGCAAUACAGAGAAUUUGGCUAACAAGCACGUCUUGACCAGUCGAAGGAGUCGCCAGCUAGCUAUCCAGCUAUAGUGGCUAGCUAGCUGUCUAUCCAGCUAGCUAACGUUAGCCAUUUAGGUAUUUAUGCAUUUUUUGCUUUUUUAAAUCCACAAGGAGGUUUUUCCUGUUUUUAAUACGUUACGACUUCAUUUUGGGGGAGAAGACGACUGCAUUUAUCUGGAGAGGGAAUUCAUUUAAUAGGAAUGAGGUCUGGAGGAGCAAAGGAUAAUUUGACCUUGUUUUUGGGUCUGCUGUUGUCAGUCUCCACCAUCUACUUGUGGCCCGCUAAUGGAGAAAUCUGCGGUCCGAGCAUCGACAUCCGGAAUGACAUCAGCGAGUUCAAGCGCCUGGAGAACUGCACGGUGGUGGAGGGGUACCUGCAGAUCCUGCUCAUCGGCGACAAGACCAACAACCUGAACCAGGAGGUGUUCCGCACCCUGGCCUUCCCCAAGCUGACCAUGGUGACGGACUACCUGCUGCUGUUCCGCGUCUCAGGCCUGGACAGCCUGAGCACGCUCUUCCCCAACCUGUCCGUCAUCCGGGGCCGCAACCUCUUCUACAACUACGCCCUGGUGAUCUUCGAGAUGACCAGCCUGAAGGACAUCGGCCUCCACAGCCUGCGCAACAUCACGCGGGGCGCCAUCCGCAUCGAGAAGAACCCGGAGCUCUGCUACCUCGACUCGGUCGACUGGUCGCGCGUCAUGGACUCCGAGUCCAACAACUUUGUCGCCGGGAACAAGCAGUCCAAGGAGUGCGGGGACGUGUGCCCGGGCAUCAUGGAGGAUAACCGCUCGUGCAUGAAGACCAGCUCCAACGACAACUACAGCUUCCGCUGCUGGAACUCCAACCACUGCCAAGAAGUGUGCCCGGAGCAGUGCGGGAAGCGGGCGUGCACGCACGCGGGCGAGUGCUGCCACGCUCAGUGCCUGGGCGGCUGCUCGGAGCCCGACAGCGACGGGGCCUGCGCCGCCUGCGUGCACUACUUCCACCAGGGCCGCUGCGUGGCCGACUGCCCCGCGCACGCCUACCGCUUCGAGGGCUGGCGCUGCAUCACCCUGGACCUGUGCUCCCGCGUGCACCUGCCCAACGACUUCGACCGCUUCGUCAUCCACCAGGGCGAGUGCGUCCCCGAGUGCCCCUCCGGCUUCACCCGGCAGGACAGCCAGAGCAUGUUCUGCAGCGCCUGUGACGGCCUCUGUGACAAGAUCUGCGACGAAAAGACCAUCGACUCCGUGGACGCCGCCCAGUCCCUGAAGGGCUGCACCGUCAUCAAGGGCAACCUCAAGAUCAACAUCCGCCGGGGCAAUAACAUCGCCUCGGAGCUGGAGAGCUUCCUCGGCCUGAUCCAGACGGUGACGGGAUUCGUGCGCAUCUCCCACUCCCACACCCUGGGCUCGCUGUCCUUCCUCAAGAGCCUGCGCUACAUCAACGGGGAGGAGCUGCAGGACAAAUAUUACUCUUUCGCGGCGCUGGAUAACCAGCACCUGCAGUUCCUGUACUGGAGCCAGCACAACCUGACCAUCCGCACCGGGAAGCUGUUCUUCGGGCACAACCCCAAGCUUUGCGUCUCCGAGAUCCGCAAGAUGUGGGAAAAGACGGGAAUCACCGAGAAAUUCGUUGAGGAACAGUUCCGCCACAACGGAGACCGUGCAAGCUGUGAGAGUCACAUCCUGAAGUUCAAGUCCAACAGCACCAUGAGUAACCGGAUCAAGCUUACCUGGGAGCGCUAUCGGCCUGCAGAUUAUAGAGACCUCAUUAGCUUCAUCGUGUACUAUAAAGACGCACCGUUCCAGAACAUCACAGAGUUCGACGGGCAGGACGGGUGCGGCUCCAACAGCUGGAACAUGGUGGAUGUGGACCUGCCGCCGGAUAAGAACAUGAACCCCGGCGUCCUGCUCUCCCCCCUCAAACCCUGGACCCAGUACGCCGUGUUCGUCAGAGCCAUCACCCUGGUGGUGGAGGACAACCACACCCUGGGAGCCAAGAGUGAAGUGGUCUACAUUCGCACCAUGCCCUCAGAGCCCACCAUGCCCCUGGACGUCCGUGCAUACUCAAACUCCUCCUCCAAGCUCCUGGUGAAGUGGUCACGACCCGUCUCCCCCAACGGGAACCUCACCUACUACCUGGUGCGCUGGCAGCAGCAGCCUGAAGAUAGGGACCUGUACCAGCACAACUACUGCUCCAAGGAGCUGAAAAUCCCCAUCCGCAUUUCGGCCACGGGGGUAGUGGACAUGGAGGAGGACACCAAGCCCACCAAGUCGGACCCCAGCGGGGCCGACAAGGGCCCCUGCUGCCCCUGCCCCAAGUCCGCGGACGACCUGAAGGCCGAGGCAGAGGACGCCUCCUACCGGAAGGUGUUUGAGAACUUCCUGCACAACGCCAUCUUCGCUCCCAGGCCCCCGGAUCGCCGUCGUCGGGACGUUUUUGGGGCGGCCAACGGCACCCUGCCCCACGGGGCGGGGGGGAACGGGACCGGGUCGGAGGGGAACGGGACAGACGGGGAGCUGGCGGACCGAGAGUACCCCUUCUACGAAACCAUCGUGAGCGGCCGUGAGUGGACCGAGAUCCUGCACCUGCAGUCCUUCUCCGUGUACCGCAUCGACAUCCACGCCUGCAACCAGGAGGUGAAGCACUGCAGCGCCGCCGCCUUCGUCUUCUCCAGGACCAAGCCCGCAGACAAAGUGGAUGACAUUCCGGGAGUGGUGACCUGGGAGCGGAUGGAUGGGGUGGAGGGCUCCGUGUUCCUGAAGUGGCCCGAACCCGUCAACCCCAACGGCCUGAUCCUCAUGUACGAGAUCAAGUUCCACCUGAGCAACGAGCCGGAGAAACACGAAUGUGUAUCCCGCCAACAGUACCGGGAGCAGAGAGGGGCCAAGCUGAGCAACCUGGGGCCCGGGAACUACUCCGCCCGCGUCCGAGCCACCUCGCUCGCAGGGAACGGCUCCUGGACUGAAUCCGCCUCCUUCUACGUGCCCCAGCCCAAACACUACGACAGCAUGCUCUACCUGAUGAUCAGCAUUCCCAUUGGCGUGUUUAUCAUCAUCGUCAGCCUCGUGGUGGCGCUCAUAGUGGUCAACAAGAAGAGGAACAGUGACCGGCUGGGGAACGGGGUGCUGUACGCCUCUGUGAACCCGGAGUACUUCAGCGCUGCUGAGAUGUACGUGCCGGACGAGUGGGAGGUGGCGCGGGAGAAGAUCACGCUGUGUCGGGAGCUGGGGCAGGGCUCGUUCGGCAUGGUGUACGAGGGCAUCGCCAAGGGCGUGGUGAAGGACGAGCCGGAGACGCGCGUGGCCAUCAAGACCGUCAACGAGUCGGCCAGCAUGCGCGAGCGCAUCGAGUUCCUCAACGAGGCGUCCGUCAUGAAGGAGUUCAACUGCCACCAUGUGGUGCGUCUGCUAGGCGUGGUUUCGCAGGGUCAGCCCACUCUGGUCAUAAUGGAGCUGAUGACCCGUGGAGACCUCAAGAGUCACCUGCGGUCUUUGCGGUCCCAGGAGAACACGUCCAGCCUGCCGCUGCCCCCGCUGAAGAAGAUGAUCCAGAUGGCGGGAGAGAUCGCGGACGGCAUGGCCUACCUCAACGCCAACAAGUUUGUCCACCGAGACCUGGCGGCCAGAAACUGCAUGGUGGCCGAAGACUUCACCGUCAAGAUCGGAGAUUUCGGCAUGACGAGGGACAUCUACGAGACGGACUACUACCGGAAAGGGGGGAAGGGCCUGCUGCCGGUGCGCUGGAUGGCGCCGGAGUCGCUGAAAGACGGCGUGUUCACCACCAACUCCGACGUCUGGUCGUUCGGGGUGGUGCUGUGGGAGAUCGCUACCCUGGCAGAGCAGCCGUACCAGGGCCUGUCCAACGAGCAGGUGCUGCGCUUCGUCAUGGAAGGAGGCCUGCUGGACAAGCCCGACAACUGCCCCGACAUGCUGUUCGAGUUGAUGCGCAUGUGCUGGCAGUACAACCCGAAGAUGCGGCCGGCGUUCCUGGAGAUCAUCAGCAGCGUGCAGGAGGAGCUGGAGCCGCCCUUCAGGGAGAUGAGCUUCUUCUACAGCGAGGAGAACAAGCCCCCCGACACCCAGGAGCUGCACAUGGAGUCCCAGACCCUGGAGAACGUCCCUCUGGACCCCUCGCCCGGGAGGCAGGGCGUGGUCUGCAGCGGCCCCCAGCCCCCGCCCGCCCAGCCUCCGGCCCCCGCGCAGGGCCCCGCUCCCCCGCCCGACACGGCGUCCCACCCCACCCCUCCUCUCCCCUCGGGCCCCGGCCCCGGCCCCUCUCCCCCGGCCACGCCCGGCGGGGCCUCGGACAAACAGCCCGCCGCCAACGGGCCGGCGGUGGUACUGCGGCCCGCCUUCGAGGAGGCCCCGCCGUACGCGCACAUGAACGGGGGCCGCAAGAACGAGAGGGCCCUGCCGCUGCCCCAGUCCUGCUGAUCCAGGACAAAGACCCUUCACCUCGCCUCCCCCCCUCCUCCUCUGACAGGGCACCCCCUCCCUCCGUAUUCGGCAGGGUGCGAGGGCAGCGUACCAGUGAGCCCGAGUCUCCCACUGUCCCUCAGUGGGCCGUUUUUCAUGUUUUUUGUAAUUGUUAUAUUAUUAGUACGAUCGAGAAUCAAUAAAUAUCAAACGAUGAAAACCUGAUUGAAAAACAAAAAAAACUAAAUGAAAUACCCAGUAACAAAAAUGAGAACCCCUCCUCCCUCCCGUCAUUCGUUGCAUGACACCUCCGAAGACAGGAUCCGCCCGGCAACAGCCGCAUACUCCACGCCCAGCCCACUUCCUCCCAUUUGUAGAACUUCUUUUGUACCUUUUUUUUUGUUUCUUUGGUUAUUUUUUGGUACUUUUUUAAAGAAGCAAAAAGAAACGGAAGCACCUAACAGGGUCCCUGCUGGAGAGUGGUGGAUUCUGGGAUUCGGGGGACGCGGUCACGAAUAAGAGGAAGGAAAGCCCUCCCAUUCCACCCAACAGAAAGGCACUUGUGUGUGUGUGUGUGUGUGUGUGUGUGUGUGUCUGUGUGUCUGUGUGUCUGUAGAUGACUCAUGCAAGCACGCACUCUGUUGUUCAUCUGAAAGUCCUCUGCCCGGCUCCUCUCUCCAUCGACACGCACCCCGUGCUGUGUAGAGGAGCACCGGUCAGCCAUUUUGGCUCCUCCUGGAGUCCUCCUUUCAUACUGACCUUCAUCAGCGCAUGCGACUCCAGAGACGGCCCCGUCUGGCACGCUGACCAAUAACGGGCGGUAAAUGAGAGGGGGAGCGGUUUUUAAUUUUUAAUUUUGCCAAAUGCAUUUUCUUUCCCUCUCGAUAAUUUAUAACUUCUUACUUUACUCCCCUUUGAUUUUGCCCCCCCACACACACACCCAAUCACCCGGAACAUCAAAGGAAUGGAAUUGUUCUAACACUCACAUUUACACUGGUGUCAUUUUUUUUUUUACUUCAAUAUUGCAGUCGAUUUUUCUCCAAAAAAAGAAAAUUCCCUCUUUUUCUUUUGAGCUCCUUCCCCCUCUCUCUGUGGGGUCAGGGUGGGCGCGCCACCUCCUCGUUUCAUCAUCAGGAGACGAACACGAACCAGAAACAAACGGGAAGCCUGGUUUUAAAAGACCCAUUAAAGACAUUGAAAAAUAAAAAAAGGAAAAAACGGUCCAAAAAAAUUCAAACGGUGAGGUCGCAGGAAACGGUCACAAUCAGCCGGGAAACAAAUAAACAGUGAAACAGUGAGCUAGUGGGGCGUUUUAAAACAACAACAACAAAUCUCACCAAACUCAGCCUCGUGAGCCAAGCUGGGAGAACGGGCUUCUGUGUGUAGCAGGUUUUUUUAGACUCAUCUUCCGUCUCUCUGUACAGUCCAGAAGUUUCUACAAAAAGGUCUUGCCCAGGGGUACGUUAGACCGUGGUUCAUUUACAUACGCAUCAUUUGUGUCACUUUUAUAACUUUUUUACGGUUCAGAUGUUCAUCUUUUAUGUCUGUACAGAAAGAAGCUGCUAUUUUAUUCUUUGUUUUCUUUCGUGGAUGUAAUCUAUGUGUAUAUAUAUGUAUAUAUAAAUAUACAUAUAUAUAAUCUAAAAAAAUAAAUCCUUCAGGUUUAAUCUUUUACUGUUUCCACUACAAUCCCUUUUCCUCUGCUUUAUUCUCUAGAGAAAAAAAAAAGAAAAAGAAAAAAUAAUUUUAUUGUGUAUUUAAAUUUAAAAUUUUUUCUUUUCUCGUUUUAAGGAUAUCUGUGUUGCCACGUGAUCCGAUGCCUUCUAUUUUUUUAAUGAAUAUAUUUUCUUUUGCUUUUCCGUUUUUUUUUUUUGUUAGAAGUACACUUGUUUAUGAUUAUGAUGAUUAUUGUUGUUAAUGUGGUGGGCUCCUGGAGUGAGCGUGUGCACGUAGCGCCCCCCUGCACCCGUUGGCUCGUUCGUCCCUCUCUCACUCAAUCUCAGGUCAAAGAUAAGGUUUUUACUCUCCUCCGCUCGUUCGCGUCGUCGUCCUCCAUUUUGUUCCGCUUCUCUCUGUCCCUCUCCUCUCCCAUUUCCUGCGUCUCCCGGCUUCCCUCGCGUGCAGUAAAACUCAACCCAAGCCCCCCCUCCCGGUCACGCCCUAACGUCUAACGUCACCCCAAAAAAAGAGGAAAAUCUGGUGGGGAUGCAGUACGCAACACGUGUUCUGUUUCGGUGUCAAUGUCCAUCCACUUUUCAUCCCUCAAAAGUUAAAAGAAGUUUUGGGUUGGUUGUUCUUGAAUCUGUGUUCACUCCAUAUUUUUGAAGGAUUUUUCUGUGUCAGAAAAGUUGCAUUAUGGGUGUUGCCCUCCCCCUUCCUGGCUCAUAAGACUUCCUAUGUAACAAAGACCCCCCCAUAUCAGCUUAUAUUGGUAUAUAUAAUUCUGUGUAUGAUGGCAUAAUGGCUCCACGAAUGAUGAUAAAGUUGAGGUAUUUUCACCAACAGCGCUUUUAUUUAAUUUCAUGACUGGGGGCCGCAUUUUUUUCUUCAAACAUUUAUCUACCUCACUCUUAUUUUUGUGUGUAUAAAAAGUACAUCUCACAUUUUCCCCCUCAUUAACCUGUAAGAAUGAUAUUGCUGUUCUCUAUCAGUAUAAACCUCAACACUACCAAUCACAAACACUCCAUGCAUUUGGAAAUUGGGAGGGGUGGAGUGUGUCAAUGCUGCCAUUUUUAAUGGACAAAUUUAAAUGGAUCCUCUGCACACUCAACUGUAAAGAAUACUCUUUGGCUCCUUUUGAAUUGAACGUGGCAGUCUGAAACCCAAAGACCGUUGAUAGCUCCGUGGCUACCAGGUCGACGUUUUCACGCUGAAGAGGAGUACACGGGUUGAUAUCUGAUGACCGAAAAGGCGUUUGAGACACUAGGCAUGUCUACAUCUCCAGCCAAACACUAACUUGCUCUUUUCUCCUCCUUCCGAUUGUUUCUAGAGAGGUCCUCACAAAGGGUACUUUUGGUUGAGUGUUUGUAGGUGGGUUAGGAAGGAGAGCGUCGGUGGCAAGACGGUGAGGCGUUCAGGUGGAUAGAGGGUCCUGUAUCAGACAGGAGGCUUGGCUUGUGUUUGUGGGUAGCUGCAGUGACCUCUGGGGGGUCAGUUGUAAAGGGCUGGAGUUGGCUACCGUGGGCAGGUGUGGUGUGCAUCGGUAGCGUUGGCGUUAUCGCCUAGCUGAAGGUGGUGCUGAAUCCGUGUUUCUGUGGGAGGGGGGGCUGGGGGUUUUUAAUCGAGAGGGGGGGCUCCCUGGAGCCCUCACACUCUCUUUGCUCCACCCUUAGGACUCAGUGCUGACAGACACUUUCCGGGGACGUCUGCAGAAGGUGUGAACCUUCCCCCCCUGCGGAGAAAAGGCCUGCAACAACACACACGGUACCUCAGUCCCGUCGACACUUUCCAAAAAAAUCCACCCCCCACCCCCCUCGUAUGACGGGCUCACUUUCGGGAGAGAGCUCUUAAAGCGGAGGGCUCCAGCCCUGGUCCUGGAGAGCUACUGGGUCUGCUGGUUUUAGUUUUCGCAUUAAAAUCAGCACCCUGUUGAGACCCAAGUAACCAGACGAGGCGAGUUCAUUAAUCAGUUGAAGCGGUUGAUUGAAGUUAAGUGCAGAGUAACAACGAAAACCAGCGGACCCUGCGGCUCUCCAGGUCCGGGGUUGGAGACCACCACCUUAAAGAAUCGACAGAGCUCAUUCUCCACCCACAUUUCCACCCGACCACACUGGGUCUAAACCGCGUCUUACCCCCCUGUUGUCCUUAAAUAAAACCAUUCCGUUUGGGCAGUCGUGCUCCUCCAGUCGCUCUGGAGUUUUCCCCCAGAAGGCCUCACAGGCCCUCCCCUUCGUCGCCGUCGUCCUCUUCGGUCUGGGAGGAGCGGGGCGGGGGACGAUCUGCCUCUCCUGCUCAGCCCUCCCGUUCUGCUGCUCGUUUCGAAUGUCGCUGCUCACCCAGAGUGCAGGCCGGCCCCUGAGGGAACAGGCUGCUCCCUUCUCUCAGCUCCCUGCAGACUUCAUGCAGACUUCAUGCAGACUUCAUGCAGACUUCAUGCAGACUUCAUGCAGACUUCAUUCAGACUUCAUUCAGACUUCAUUCAGACUUCAUUCAGACUUCAUUCAGACUUCAUUCAGACUUCAUACUUCCAUUCAGACUACACCUUUUCAUAUUGCUCUUUUCUCUUUUAUGUUGGGAGGGAGGGGUUCAGAGGUGAAACCGAACCGUCGAGGAGGGCAGCAAGAGCUGUGAUUGGGUGGAGCAAAAAUAAAUAGGGCGGGGAAAACACUGCCCGCAUUGUACAAGUCGGGAGAGAGGGAGAGGGCGAGAUGGGUUAUGUCCCUAGUUAAGGGAGACUGUUUGUAAGUCGUAGGCCAGAGAUGGAAAGGUUGGAGGGCUCCUGUAGUGAACUGGAGGUAACCGGGGCGGAGGGCCUCGAGAAAAGGUUUGCGGUCCAAUUCUAAAGAAAAGCGACCGUCGCCAACUAAGGCACUUAAGUACUCUUUAUUUCAUUUGAAGGAGGUACAGGGACUGAAUUCUGACGGCAGUGGAAAUAGGGUCGGUAGAGCGGCACAUUGCUGGAAACAACUGCUUUUCGUUUCUCAUGUGUGGUACUUGUCCAAAAGAAGAAUAAAAAAUAAAAAUAAAAAUAAAAAAAACAUUUUUUUAAGAGCACCUGUUCACGAUUUUCCCAAGGCCUUGUGCUUGUUGCGUUGGUUGCGUUUGUAUGGGUGUGAGUGUUAUCACUUGUAGGUGUAGUGUAUCGAGAUUUUAUUGUCUAAUAAAAAAAGAAAUAGAUAUCAUUGCUAUUUAUUUUCUUUUUUAAUUCGUUCACAGUGAUGAAACGGACACAGAGCUGGCCUGCUGCAUAGUGAAUGUCGGUUUACAUUGAUUGCUGCCAGACUUGCUACUACACAAUCACACAUACCAACCUACGUACGGACAGCAGUGUCCAGUAGAUUACGGGUAGUCACGAAAGAAAGAAAAACUGAAUAGAACAAAAAAAUGUGCAGAAUAUUUUGGGCAAUUUUAGGAUUUAAAAUAGUGCUUGGUACAUUGCCAACUCUUUGUAAACUUUGAGGUUGACUCAUACAGUUAGUCAUUUUAUUAUUAUUAUUAUUAUAAUUAUUAUUAUUAUUACUGUUGAUUUUCUUCAGAAUGUUGUAUAUGCAAACCUCAGGUCUAGAUAAAUUAAUGCAUAAAAUCGCAAUAAUGAACAUGAGGUUUAUAGAUAAAUUUCCAGGCACUUGUUUUCGCUUGGCAUUCCUUUAUGCUUCGGGGGCCUUGAUCUACUGAAACCGUUUUUAUUUGAAUUGCAGUUUUUCUUUUCUUCAUGUUCACAAAACCUUUAGCUCCGUAUCACUGAAUUGAAAUGAUUUGAUUUAAGGCAGUUUGGUAAUGUCUUCUAAGUUCUGUAUCAGAAGUUUCCUGUUUUUUUUUUGUUUGUUUUUUUUGCCUUCCUCCCACCCCACCCUCCACCAAAACACCUCUACUUCAUGUCUGUUCCGCUCUGUGUCUUUCUUGUUAUGUAUAUCUGAAUAAAUUUAAUGUAUUUUCUUUUCUUAAUUUUUGAAUAAAAAAAAAAAACGAUAAAGAAGCCUUGCAUUGAAGGUUGAUUUUUACAGGCACCUGUUAGUGAAUAUAUUCCCAUCCUGUGUUUUCUUAUUGGCUAGCUCUGUUGCACGAAUACUCUGAUUGGACCACUGUGGAGUCGCACCUAAGAUAUUACAAUCGAUUAACCAGACUGUUUUUUUACCAGAUUGUUUCUGCCUUCUGUUUUUUCUUAAAAGCAGUACGCUUUGGCCAAUAAUGGAAGUUCCUGGUGCUGUUAUCUUGGCUUAUUUGUACGUUUUCUGCCUAACUGGUUGGAAACCGUACAUUCAACGUCAAGAAUAUGGAGUCUACUAUCUGGUUCAUCUAUAGUAAUGUCUAUGGUUAUACUACAGAUUCUGACUAACCAGAUAAUCAGAUGGUCUGCUCCAGUAGUCCUUCCAUCUUCUUUGCUUUCCAGAUACAGGAGGGGUGGGAUUACCAGGCAUUCCUAAUCCUGUAUUACGAUUUACAAAUAUUUAUGGAGAAGCGUGUCAAAAGACAGAACUGACCAUCUGGUUGGUCCAUAGAAUCUGGUUCUAUGCCUUCUCACUAUAAUGCCUGUCUUGAUGGACACAGCAUUGCAGUGAUGUAGGCCCACUUUUCCCAAACGUAAAUGCUGAACUAUCAAAACUGCACACCCAACCCCUUGACAGGACAGGAGUUCCCAAAUCGGCAGCUGUUAAUCUGACCGGGUAGCCAGGGUAACCAAUUAGCAAGUGUUCCAGAACAGGUGCCUGUUGAGGUCAAGAUUUUGUACAUACUGUAUUCUAAUAUGUUUGAGUUAAUAAAAUAAAAUGCACAAAGGAACGGUAGGAUUAAAAGCAACCUUUGGAGUCGGGCAACAGGGGUGAUGUCGGAAGGAAAUGCGUUUAAAAAAAAAUCAGCUGUACUUAUUCAACCUUAUGUUGAGAGCCCACCCCCCACCCCCAAACCCCAUUGUCAUGCCACCUCAACAACCAGGCCCUCUUAUGAUUUUAUAAAACAAAAAACAUUGUGUAUAAGCAUAUAUUACCUUUUUAUCUCGCACUAUUGUGGCGUCACCACAGAAAUUAAAGGAUUAUAGGAUUUUAUUUUAUUUUUUUCAAUUUCUUAGUUUUAUUUUUUAUAAAUACCUGAAAUUUGUCUGAAAUUGACUCCGCAUUUUGACUGUUCUGUGAAACCCUCAAAUUACACCACAGGAGCACUGCUAAUAAGUUAGUGUUAUCAAAACCUAGCUUCCCAAAGAAUCCCCCCCCUCCCCGAAAUAGCACUGUUUUUGCAUGUCGGGCUUAUUAGAAACUUUGAUAUUUUUAUUUAAAUGCCAGUUCUGAUAGGUCUGAGAUUUUGUUGAUAGGUUAUUUAAACAUACCAAUUCAGCACUUCAUGUUUCUCAGUUGUACCACUGGAAAGCGUUUCAGAACUGAUUUCCUUUUAUUUCUUUUUUUAUUGCUUUUUUAUAAAGAGAAUAUGGCCAAUUUGUUACUAAGAAUUUGCUGUGUAUAAAUUAUUCAAAUUCCUGUGUUUAUAUUAAAUGAUUCAGUAGAUUCAGAAGGUUUAAAAAUGUUUUUUGUAUAUUCUGUUGUAUAUAUAUUCUGAUUCUUUACAUUACGGGGAAAAUAAACUAUUUUGAAAGGCUGAAA